UGACAACUAAGCAAAUGUUAGUCAUAUUUAAUCUUUCAUUUCAGUUGAGACUUUACCGGCGUGCGGAGUUUAUCUAGAAACGGGGAUAUGAGUGCAGGCGUGAGUCAAACGUGGGGCGAAUUUUUGGUGCAAAUCCAGGAUGUCAAACCGUUAUGGUCUGCCCAACCCACGUACAUCAUUGUACAGAGUUUUUUCGUGUUUGCCGGAAUACUAACUCUGUUACAUGCUUUGAAAAAAGGGGGUCGCUGGCCGUACUUCUGGCUGGGCACGUUGCUCCAUGGCAUUUAUGCUGAUAAUUUCUGGCAUUUUAUCCUCCCCGAAUUCGACAACUUCUGGCAUUCACAAACGCCCCUUAUGUUUUUGGGUGGUCGACAACCUUUGCAUAUAAUUUUGCUUUAUCCAGUCUUUAUCUACAACGCUGCUUACGCAGUUAGCCAGAUCAAUCUUCCAAAGUACGCUCAACCAUUUGCGGUGGGACUCCUCACUGUCCUCAUCGACCUGCCCUAUGAUAUAGUGUCAGUGAAGUAUGUUCACUGGACGUGGCACGAUACCGACCCCAACAUUUUCGACCGUCACUACUGGGUACCCUGGAACUCGUACUAUUUCCACGCCACCUUCGCUGCUAGCUUCUAUUUCUUCUUCCAUUUCAGCAGAGAAUGGUUCGCCCCAAAAAUUGCGAGAUGGUCAUCAGCUUCAAAAGCUGUUGAAUGGAAAUCUCUCUUGGUAGCAGUUUUGAUCGGUAUGCCUGGAGGCAUCCUAAUGUUUGUGCCUAUAUACCAUCCUUUACAUGACACAUAUAAAAUUCAUUCAGAAGUGACUUUUUUCCUUCUAUUUUCGAUUUUCUCUGUAAUUAUUCUGUCUGGGCUAUUGAGCGAGCGUGAGAAAAUAAAGGAAAAACUCAGCGGCAUCGAUUACUUGCUAUUAUUUCAAUUGUUCAUCCAUUAUGCGAUGUUUUUCGCCAUCGUGAUCUUAUUUAACCCUGAGGACGAAAGGUCUCUGGGGCUCCACGAACCUGUCGGACCCUGCACUGAAAAAACUUCUUUGGUCACGCCUUUUGGACAGCGCUUGUUUAAGAGGAAAUAUUUGUGCCCUGACGAUUACGACGAGAAAUAUUUCGACUUCCAUUGCACUCAGAAACCAAAGAAUGGCGACAACUGGUAUCUCAUUUGUGGAACACCCUUUGAAAACCGCGUAGAAUACAUCGCAAUAACAGCCACACUUAUGGUGGUUGCAUCGACAUUGUUCUAUAGAAUUUACACCCUGAAUUCAAGCGCCCCGGCUUCAGCAUCGCCAGCCAAAGCUUUGAAGAGCAAAAAAAAUAAAUAAUUAAUCUAUUUUUUUUUUUACAUAUAUAUAUUUUAAUUUCGAUGUUGCAAAUUUUUACCAGAAUUUUGCAAAUAGAAUAACAUAUAUAUUA